AUGGUGGAAUGGACCGUCCUUUCUAAACAUAGUGAACAGCAAUGGCCUGAGGAUAAGAACAAAGACACUUCUCCCCAGAGUAAUACGGUCAACUACGUCAUCGACUCCGAUACAAAACCUUCUAAGGAAGAGAUCACCAUCAUAGAAGCUACUAAGUUCAGCACAUGGAGGAACCUUCUGCGUGUGAUUAUAACGAUUCUUACAUUCAUCUUCAAUGUAGAAUCCACCUCGCGAAGAAAACACGAUCUUAAGUCGAACUACGUCAAAAUGGCAACAGUGUCGCUUUUCAGACAGGCACAGGCCCACAACCCCAUAUCUGAAGACCAAAAGCGAAGCCGCGCAAACGUCGAUGAAGAAGCACAACUUUGGAGAUCGGGAGGACGAACAUCAAACUCCACAUUGUCCUCCGACGCAAAUAAUCCAUCCUACCUGGGAAGGAAUGGAUAA